AUGUCCUUUGCUGACGGACUGCCCUUAAAGAGCACUGCUCAGGCAGCGAGUGUUCAGGACGCCAUGAAGACUGCGGCACAAAAAUUCAUAGGUGCAGUGGAAGACGAGUGGCAAUUGUACAGUGAUUGCGCCAAAGACUAUACCAUUGGUGCCCCAAUUGGGUUUGGUGCCUCUUCCAUUGUCUACGCUGCAACCUAUCAUCCUUCUCCCAAACCAUCACCCAACGUUCCAAAAAACAAAGCAGCAAAGGGGAUUCCAUGCGCUCUGAAGGUAUUAGACUUGGAUUCUUUGCCGCCAAGAUCAUUGCAACUUUUGCAAAGAGAGACCACUCUUAUGUCCCUUUCAAAACAUCCCAAUGUUUUGAGAGUCCGUGGUUCAUGGAUGGAUGGCCAUAAACUUUACAUUGCCUUGCGUCUCAUGAACAAAGGGAGUGCAGCCGACGUAAUGCGUUAUGGUUGGCCUGGAGGCAUGGAAGAAGACGUCGUGCGAUGUAUCCUGGCACAAGCAUUGAAGGGAUUAAAUUAUCUUCACAUAAACGGGUUUAUUCAUAGGGACGUAAAGGCGGCGAACCUUCUGAUUGACGAUGAUGGCACUGUUCUUUUGGGGGACUUGGGUGUGGCGGCAGACCUCUCCGAGGAUACUUCACGAAGUAGCAAUCCUGCAUCAAGACCCUAUUCGGUGACCGCAACGGCAGCACUUCCACAAGCGAGAUCAGUAUCCGCCACUUCCAAUGGAAAACGCGGUGUCCUGUUUGACGGGACGCCACCUGUGCUCCAAAGGCCCACCAUCGGCAAACGAAAGUCAUUUGUUGGAACGCCGUGUUGGAUGGCACCCGAACUUAUUCAAGGAAAACAAUAUGAUUCUGCUGCUGACAUUUGGAGUUUUGGUAUCACGGCGCUGGAACUUACACAAGGACGCCCACCUCGGUCAAGGGAAUCACCACAACGAGUCUUGCUAAAGACUAUUCAAGAAGAUUCCCCAACUCUGGACCGUGAAGGAGGUGUGUACAAAUAUUCUCGCGCCUUCAAGGAGGUUGUGGACAGUUGCCUUGUUAAAGAUCCUUCCAAACGGCAACACGCUCCUGAUGUCAAUAACUGGACGCUGACUGGCUUUACAGAAGACUUGCCUCCCCUGGCACAGCGGCAGGAACGUCGUGCCGCGCCACCUGUACUUUCUGCUAGUUCGAUCGCUUCCUGGGAUUUUGCAACGACACUCAAUUCUCCGACGACCAGUGUCUACAGGAGGCAUGCAUUGGAAGACCUUGCUGUAAGCGAAGAUGGUGUAAUAAAUGACGAUCGUAUAUCGUCCAGACAUCAAAGCAGGCUCGUCUCAUGGGGCACGAAUAACGAAGUUCCAGUCACAGUCAAUCAAAAUGAACCCAUCGCAGAAUCAGCAUUUGUCCCUUCUUCUUCUCCGAGUACCUCCACGUCCAGUGUGCAAAGUUCGGAUUUGGAACCGAGUCCCUCUUCAACACCCCCGAGUUCUUCUGCGCCUUCGUCUUAUACAAGUCCGUCCGAGAUUGAACACAGAUUACAAGCAGCCUCUGCCGCAGAGAACAACAACAGUCCGCUUACCUCCAUAAACGAAUAUAACCGCGAACCUACGCUUGUUGGCCUAAAUUCUGUGCUACCCAAAUCUACAUCAACUCCUCAAGACAAGGUUUCCAAUAACAAAUAUUCCGGAUCGCCAGGACCGAAUCUCUGGAACAGAUGGAAGAAUAACACUAAAGGUUCUCCGUCGCGCACCGAUCUAUCCGAUGGUGACCUUACUCCCCGCAAAGAGAAAGAAAAGGAAAAUACGACCUUUUUGGGGGCUUUCAAAGACCUUCUGGUUCUACAGGACACUGCAAAAACCUGA